UUUCUCGGUUCUCUAAAAGCGUAACGUUCACGUUCACCUUUUACAGGAUAAUUUUAGGAAUGCGUGACAUGUUAGCUCCCUCGAUCAGAGAUUUGACCAAGUUGAUACAGCUCACUCUAUUUGACAAGACAUACACGAAGUCUCGUCUAUAAGAAAAUUUAGCAGCACUGGUUCAAAAUCAUAGCUCAUCCAGCAACCUAACAAAUAGUUUUCUUCCAUAAUGGCUUUCCACGCCGAGAUUUUGCAGGCAGACAGCCAAAAUCCCGAAACCCACUUUCUGCUGUAUCGCUUCAGCUCGGAUGAGCGUUUGACUAAAACGCUCCCAGAUCAACUGCAAACAGACUUUCUGGACGUCUUGGCCACCGCAAACAGCCUGGAAAUCCCAUUCCUUCCCAUAGUCUGGCAAAUGGCUCGCACUAGCAUUGGUCUGGGCGGAACGAGCAGCAUUCGGCGAGCUCCUGUUGAUGUUCAAACGGAGCUGGCAUUUAAGCUUGUGAAGGAGGAUCAGAAAGCUUUGCAGUCACAGAGCAACAUUCUCGGGCAGAUUCGAAAUGAGCUCGAGCUGAUGAGCCACCCGCGGCUAAGGUCGCACCCGAACAUUGUUGAUAUUCUAGGCCUUUGCUGGGAUAUUCCAGACCGGGACCACGUUUGGCCGGUGUUGGUUAUGGAGAAGUCGUAUUUUGGUGAUCUAAAUGGCUUUUCAAAGCUUCCAGUUUGGCAGGAUUUAGAUGCCUGUGAUAAGUUAAAAAUUUGUCUUGGGAUUGGCAACGCCUUGGCGGAGAUGCACAGCUGUGACAUUACCCACGGGGACAUUAAACCUCACAAUGUUCUUAUUUUUAAAGACGGAGACGGAUUUACUCCUAAAUUAGCAGAUUUCGGAUACAGUCACCGCUACAUCGAUAAAACAGACAGCUGUUGCUUACCCGUGUCUAGACCAUGGCAGGCCCCUGGGGUGGACGGAUCAGACAAAACCUUCACAUUAUCUCAAGCGAUGGCAGCCGAUAUUUACUCUUAUGCUUUGCUUUGUGCGUGGAUUUUCAGGAAUGAUCAAAUAUUUGAAAAUAGCGUUGACGUCAACAUGUCAUCACAACUUGUGACAUUAGAUCCACCAGAGUCGAAGUCGAUUGCGAUGCUGGAGGUUUUGAAGAGGAAUGAAACGCUUGAACAAGUGAUCCUUAAAUGUGUAGAAAAUGAACCUGGUCUAGAAGAUGCGGAUAAAGACGCUCUUAAGGAAUUAUUCAGAACGGCUUUAGGAAAAAGUCGAGAAAACUGUGGUGAUAUUUGGAGUUGUUUCAAAUUGCUGAAGAGGCCAGAGUCUGAGGUUGAUAAAUUGACACAAGCGGCCGCAAAGCCUCAAUUCAAGAUCAACGCGGCUAUCUUGGAUUAUUACAGCGCAGACUACCGUCUCCGCAAAUAUAUCGCUAAGUGCCUGGAGUCUCGCGUCAAUCAACACGCAGUUAAAAAUGCCGAAAAUGAUGCUGUCCAGCUGGCAGUUUGUUAUUAUAUUGGAUUUGGGGUCCCUAAAGAUGAUGAAAAGUUUUUACAGCUCAGGGAUGCAAACGAGAGGCUAAGAUGUCUAAUCGAAACUGAGAUCAAAUCCCUCAAUCCAAAGCCUAGAUCUUAUGAUCAUCCGCUUGUCGCCCGUAUCUUUGCGACUGGCCAUCUCUCUCAUCUUCAUCAAAACCAGCAAAACCGUGACUUCAGUCUACUCAAGGAUACAGAAAACUCUCUCAAACGAGAAUUAGACGACUUGAGCGCAAGUAUAAACAACGCAAGUCUGAGAUGGAUUCUCUUCGACACGUUGAUAGAUUGUCUCCGCAUGGAGGGCAAUUUCAGUCUCGCUGAAGAGCUCGAGAGUGAACUGCUUCAAAUGCGAGAAAAAACGCUCGGCCAUGAGAACUUUCAAUCAAUUGCAGGUAUGACUAAUUUGGCCCAUGUGCAUUGGCAGCUGGGAAAACCACAUCUUGCAUUAGAGGUUACUCAAAGAGCACUGCAAACCAGCAGAAGAACUCGCGGGAUGGAUGACAUUCUAACAAUGAUGAUCAUGGGAAACAUGUCAUCCAUCUACUAUAGUUUGGGCAAAUACCCAGAGGCCGAGGCCUUGGAGGUUUACUUGGAGGAGAAACGAAGUGCAAUGUUAGGCAAGGAUCAUCCGGAUACGAUCACCAGCAUGGCGAAUCGAGCGGCAAUCUUGUGGCGUCAGGGCCGACUAGAAGAAGCUGAAUCUUUGGCAUUAACGGCGUUCCGGAUGCGUGAGAAGAUAUAUGGCAUUGAGCAAGCGGAUACUUUGGUAAGCAUGUCGAACUUGGCUUUGAUCUAUCAAAGUCAAGGAGAAUACAACAGAGCGGAAGGACUUCAGUUGAAAGCGGCUGAAGUCAGCAAAAAGAUCCACGGCGAGCUUUCUCCAGCAACGCUUAUGAACAUGUCAAACCUGGCGCUGACCUACUGGUAUCUUGAGAAGCUUGAAGCAGCUGAAGAUCUCAAUCUUCAUGUCAUGGAACGCAGACGCCUUGUAUUGGGACCAGACCAUCCGGAUACUCUCACAAGCAUGGCAAACCUUGCUUUGGUUUACGAGAGUCAAAAGCGGUUCAAGGAAGCAAUCGAUUUAGAGACCGAGGUUCUACACAAGCAUCGAGCUUCGAGUUCUCUGGGAGAUAAACAUCCCGACACGGUCCUGAGCAUGGACAACCUUGCAAACACGUAUCGGAAUGUGGGCCGACUAGAAGAGGCCGCUGACCUUUUAUCCGAAGCAUUAUCAAUACGAAAAGAGACUUUAGAGGAUCUUCAUCCUGAAACGAUGGAGAACACCCAUAAACUCUUGCUUUUGUACCAAGAGCUUGGAAGGGAACAAGACAUACUCGAGAUCAUUAAUUGGUUACGUUCACUAGAGUCGUGAAGAAGAGAGACUAGGCAUCCAUUAUUAUUAUCCGCCAUUUCUGAAGAUUUUCUGAAGAUCUCUUAGUCUCGGGAUGAUCAGCUCCAAGAACUUCAGUACGACCUGAUACAACUUCUGUCAUCAUCCGAACAGCCUCCUCCACUUGCCCAAGGUCUUUCAGAGUGUGUGCC